AUGUAUCAUGAGGAACAAAAUCCACCUGAAACACUCCAAACUCAUGUGGGUAAGAACUUCAGGUGGCCCUCUUCAACACCAGAAUACCUCAGAAAAACUGCCUUUCAGCACAUCACUGAUGUUAAGUUUGAUCUUGAUGAUGAGGUCGAAUUUAACCUCUUAUUUUUCUAUAAUUUACUUGACAAUGGUGAAUUUACUGCACAUGAAAACGAGCGGGUGACAGAAGUUGAUCAGAAAUAUUUACCAUGUACUCCACCAGCAAAGAGGGUAAUUGUUCAGCAUACUGGAAAUAGUGAUGACUACAAGGUUUGGAUAUGGAUCUAA